UAAGUGAACACAACAAAACUCAAAACCCCACUCCGCCGCCACAACACUCUCAUCUGUUACACAACAAAACUCAAAAAUCCUAGUCCGCCGCCACUAGUUGUCUCAAAAUGGCCACUUUUACUCACCACCACCACGGUGCCCUUCUCAAGACACCCCUAUCCGGCCGGGCUCGGAUCCCGGGAUCCAAGUCCAGGCCCGGCCCAUUUAGAGUCCGAAUGUCUCUGCAAGAGACCGGCCCUUCGUUGGCGGUGGUCGGCGUCACCGGCGCAGUGGGUCAGGAGUUCCUGUCGGUCCUCCAAGACCGUGACUUCCCUUUCCGUUCAAUCAAGAUGCUCGCCUCCAAGCGCUCCGCGGGUCAGAAUUUGAACUUCCUGGGUCAAAACUACGUCGUUGAGGAGCUCACCCGCGACAGCUUUGACGACGUCGACAUCGCUCUCUUCAGCGCCGGUGGGUCAAUAAGUAAAGAGUUUGGUCCCCUUGCCGUAGAGAGUGGCACCAUUGUCGUUGAUAAUAGCUCCGCUUUUCGUAUGCAAAAAGGCGUGCCGCUUGUGGUCCCUGAAGUCAAUCCGGAAGCUAUGGAGGGAAUUAAGGUUGGGAGGGGAAAGGGCGCGCUCAUUGCGAACCCUAAUUGCUCCACCAUUAUUUGUUUAAUGGCUGCUACCCCUCUCCAUCGCCAUUCUAAGGUAUUACGUAUGGUGGUUAGUACGUAUCAGGCUGCUAGUGGAGCUGGUGCUGCUGCCAUGAGAGAACUUGAGCAGCAAACUCAUGAGGUCCUGGAAGGGAAGCCACCAACUUGUAAGAUAUUUCAGCGGCAGUAUGCUUUUAAUUUGUUUUCACACAAUUCGGCAGUUCUUCCAAAUGGAUAUAAUGAAGAGGAAAUGAAAUUAGUCAAGGAGACACGAAAAAUAUGGAAUGACACCGAUGUCAAGGUAACUGCCACAUGUAUACGAGUUCCUGUCAUGCGGGCACAUGCUGAGAGUAUAAAUCUUCAAUUUGAGAACCCCCUUGAUGAGGACACCGCAAGGGAUAUUCUGAAGAAAGCUCCUGGGUUGGUGAUUAUUGAUGACCGGACAUCCAAUAACUUCCCUACACCAUUGGAGGUGUCAAACAAAGAUGAUGUUGCAGUAGGCAGAAUCCGUCGCGAUGUAUCCCAAGAGGGGAACUAUGGGUUGGACAUCUUUGUCUGUGGUGAUCAAAUACGCAAGGGAGCUGCACUUAAUGCUGUUCAGAUUGCUGAGAUGUUGCUAUAGUUGAACUUUAAUUCCAAUCGUGAAAAGGUUUCACAGUAUAAAUCUUUUUGCGAUAAAAGAUGAAGUGAUUUGAGUUGAUUCUACUUUAGUCUGCAGAUGUGGACACGAGAUGAGCUCCAGCAAAUUCAAGCUGUUUUUGUAGAAUAAGAUAUUAGGGUUAUUAGUAAUUAUUCUAAUUUUUUAUAAAACAAUGUCAUUCUCAAGUUCAAGUGUUAACAUAAUAUCCUUCCAUUUUGAGGGGAGUUUUGUUAUAAUAAUCUUGUAUUUUAAGAGAACAAAUUGUAUGUGUGCUGUUCCGAAUGUUGUAUGCCAAAAGAAUUUCACUCU